AUGCCGGGAAUAUUACCUAUGAAGAUGAUCAGGGUGGGUAGUAAUAGUCAGAGUCGUAUUGCACAAGCCUGCGAUCGAUGUCGGAGCAAAAAGAUCAGAUGUGACGGGAUUCGACCGUGCUGUUCGCAAUGCGCCAAUGUUGGCUUCGAGUGCAAGACGAGCGAUAAACUCAGCCGCAGAGCCUUUCCACGCGGGUACACAGAGUCUCUGGAAGAUCGAGUACGCGGGUUGGAAGCGGAAGUGAGAGAACUAAAGGACUUGUUGGAUGAGAAGGAUGAGAAAAUAGAUAUGCUAUCCAGGAUACACAGCUUCUCGCCCAUGCGGAAGAAUUCAGCGUCCUUAUCACCACCAAAUUCUGGACAGCUUAAGACAGAACUGGCGUCGACGGAGGAAGAGGUGCUUCACGUUGAGAUACCUGCUUCCGUGCAGCCGAGUUCAACCUCUGCGGGCACAUCGACUACAGCAGCAUUCAUGGAAGCUUUCGAGGAAAGGGUUCAAGAGCAAGGGCAUGCUUGUCCAGUAAUUGCUCCUGCCGCACUGUUGGCCCCUGCCUCAUCUCAGGCCAGAUCGCCCGCAUCCAGUAAUGCAUCCGCUGCCCCGCCUCGAUUGCUUUCUGAUCAGUACAUCAACCUCUUCUUCCAGGAAUGGCAACCUCUUAUGCCAAUUCUUCACAGACAAACAUUCCUUCGUCUGUACGAGCAAUAUCUCGCUUCCCCCGAUGCUCUCUCGCUUCAAGGUAGCAAGCUUGCCGUGGCGCAACUCUUUCUAAUAUUCGAGAUUGCCGCCCACUCGUCUUCCUCGAAGGCACGACCAAACACGACCGCUUACGAGUUGCAAUGGCGAAAAGCUCUUUCUGCGACCUCAUCGAUACCUUCACUAGCCGUUCUACAGUGCCACAUACUUGCGCAGUUGUGUUAUCUUUUGAAGGCUGAUUAUCCACAUCUCCUUCGACAUCGAGGAUAUGCCGUCAGUAUCUGCCACCAGCUGGGACUGCAUCAAGGACACAAGAUCUCCGCCCUACCAACAUUUGAAGCUGAGCUAAGGAAGCGGGCGUUUUGGUGUCAGUAUGUGCUUGACAAGUUUGCUUCAGCUACAACAGGCAUGCCUAUGCUGCUUCGCGACAGUGACAUCACAGCUGAAUUUCCUGCUGACGUUGACGAUGAAAAUAUUACUGAACAAGGCUUCAGUCCCGCCCUCCCUGGUGAGCUGACCAAGAUAUCGAGUGCUCUGGCUCUUUUCCGAAUGUCCAAGAUUCUUGCAAAGACUCUUGAGCACCUAUAUCCUGCUGGCGCCUCCUAUGCCAUCUCUUUGAAGAAGCUCCAUUCGCUGUCCGAUGAGCUCGACCAAUGGCACGAAGAGCUCCCAGACCACCUGCGUUUGCGCUUCUGUAACGACAAGCCUGCGACUCACCUGAUCAGUGACAGAUCGCCCCUCUUGUCUCUCGCCUAUUUCCACACUCGAAGCCUAAUCCACCGACCGCUACUCUGCUACGGUUCCGGCAGUGCAGCUUCGGCUGCCACAAUCGUCCUGGCCGCCGCUGCGAAGCACAUCCUCCAGAUCAUUGACCUGCUUGACGAAAGAUGCAUGAACUACACGUUCCCUGUCAACAAGCAAGAUAUCCUGCUCAACGCUGGCACCGCCAUACUGUGGCAAUGCAUAGAUCUCGACGAUGAUAGCAAGAUCAUCAAAGACAACCAGAAGUCCCUGUCGCUGUUAUUGACCAAAGCAGCCAAGGAGAACGUGUCGGCCAGUAACGAAUUCCAGAAGAUUGCUUCGUCCUUUGUGGUUGUCGGAAGCCCUCGUGUGCUACCUCCACAUCAGCUUCCUGCGGAGGCGCCUCCAGCAAGACUCCUCAACACAAUGCCCGCUCCUGCCAACAACAAGCAGAAGUCGACGAGAAAACAGCUGCAAGCUAUUGCCUCCCGUUUCUCUGGCUUCAGUACCAAGGACAACAACAAUGGGGACUCAUCAAAGCGUCGCACCGUUUCACCGCGAUCAGGCUCCACGACUAUUGACGUGAAUCCUCCUCGUGCGAAUAGCACAAUCAGCCUUGUGUCCACACAGUCUGCUCCUGCUCCUGCUACACAGCUGUCGACAACACCUUCGCCCAGGACGACGCAUCCUCCGAGACUACCAGGCCAGGCAUCAUCUGUUGUCAACCUGGAUUAUUUCCCGUUCGAUGGUUCGCUUCAUAUUGUCCCAAGCCACAACUCAUCGUCGACAAUGCUGCCACCGAAAAAACAUUCUUUGCCAACUCACAGCAGUUGGGAACACCUCGUCCAAGGGUUUGACCAUCAGUCUGUACUGUACAAUACAGUCGAGCCGAACGCCCUCAACAAGACCACGUCGAACCCUGAGAUACUGGACUGGACGGGUGAGCUGUGGAACCUAGGCGGCUUCCACUCCGAAAAGCCAAAUGUGCCGCAAAGCCUGUUGGGCUUUUCUGAGGAGAGUUUGGCUUCUGCUGAUGACUUCGUCUUCAGCACAGCUGGCAGUCAUAAUGGAUCUAUGUCGACAAACGACGGUCUAGACCUGUCGGCCGAGGAAUCUUUCAAAGGUAUCACGAUGCCUGUAAGCAGUAUUGAGGAUGAGCUGGACUUCUCUCCUGCUGUACAUGCUUGA